ACUGUAGGUGGAGAAGUGGAAGGACCACAACUGGGGAAAAGGCUUCAUCCAACAGAGCAGUUGACACAUCCGGGAUCAAGCCAUUAAGCAUGUUCUGCAGACAUACUCAAUGUCUUGAGAAGAAGGGAGAAAUGCUGCUGCAGACCAGUGAUGGAAAGACUGCCAUCGUUGACACCACCUUUGGCAUCACAUCCUUUGAGAAACAUAUUUCUGUCAAGACCUCCCAGGACCCUAAAACCAUGACUGUAUAUGAGCACCUGGCGUCAGAUCAUUGUGUCCACAUGGCUUUCUGUUUCAAAGACGGCAACGAAAUGUAUUUUCCCUUUGUUUCGGAUAAAGAAGUCAAGCUGCAGAAAGUGGAACAGAAGAAGUGUUACCAUGAUGACAAGAGAUUUCUUUUUAAAUGGGGAGAGAUGAAUGGAGCUUUUAAGAGCCUGGAGUCUGUGGCCAAACCUAAAACGUACCUUAGUAUCACAGAGGAGAAGCUUACCAUUGACACACAAAGACAGUGCUUUUUUGGACUGAAAGUGUCAGGGCACAGGCGCAGACUCAAACGCAGACCAGGCUUUAUUGACAUUGCAGAGCAGGUUCGUAAUGGCAGAACAGGCAGGGUCAAGCAGGGGUCAAAAAUAGGAACAGGCUGGGUCAAACCGGGCAGCCAGGAGCCCAGCACCACAGCACACUCCCAGGGCCCAGGGCCCUGA